UGUUGGUAUACAAAACUAAAAGCACUUUCUACAGUAGGUAUUCAAUAGUAUUGUUAUGAUGUUUUAUUUGAAAUGGUAAAGACUAAUGAGAUUGUAAAUACGUUUUAAAGUGUAAAAUGGAUAUCGGCUACAAGUUGAAAACGGAAAAUCCAACAAAAAGCGUGAAUUGCAUAACAAAAUUAUUUUUUGGAUGGAUGUAUCAAACUGUAAGAAAAGGAGCAAAAGGAUGCUUAGAACUAAAAGACCUAUACGCAGUACUGGAGAAUGAUAAAUCAGAAAAACUGGCAAAUAAAUUAGAAAAAAAUUGGAAAGAUGAAUUGAAUAAAGUAAGAUCGGAAAAUGAAACUCCAAGUUUUUUGAAAGCCAUUCAAAAGACUUUCCGUUUCGAAUUCAUGUUAUAUGGUUUGCUGUGGUUUCUUGUAAAUGUGUGCAUACGGUGUUCCCAACCAGUAAUUUUAGCAAAACUGAUUUCCUGUUUCUCAGAAACUUAUAACGGUACAGACAAACAACUUGAUAAGAAUAUCUACGGCAUUUUAUUGGUUGGUGUAACAGGUUGCGGUAUGUUUAUAACCCAUCAUACAAGCUUUGGGCUAGCAAUUAUUGGAAUGAGAAUAAGGAUUGCAGCUUCUUCCCUAGUAUAUAGAAAGAUUAUCAAACUAAACCAAAAGUCACUGGGACAAACAACUGCUGGUCAAAUUGUGAAUUUGUUAGCAAAUGAUGUCAAUCGCUUUGAUUUGGUUACAAUUCCACUGCACACUAUAUGGGUGCUACCGUUUCAAAUAAGUCUAUUAUCUUGGUUUAUCUGGACCGAAGUUGGUAUAUCCGCGGUAGCCGGUAUCGUAACCGUAAUCAGUUUUAGUGUACCCUUACAAGUUUGUCUUGGAAAAUAUAUCGGUAAAUUUCGUUCAAGCAUAUCAAAAAAGUCAGAUUCAAGAGUGAAACUAAUGAACGAAAUAAUUUCUGGAAUACAAGUCAUUAAAAUGUACGCUUGGGAGAAGCCAUUCGAAAAAAUUGUUCAAUUAGCAAGGGAAAAUGAAAUUGAAGAUAUCACGAGUGCGUCAUAUCUAAGAGGAAUUUUCGCAAGCUGUAUGGUGUUUCUAGAUAGAACUGCACUGGCCGUCACUGUUAUUUGUUACGUUUUACUUGGCAAUAAUAUUACCUCGGGCAUAGUAUUCUCAUUGGCUCAAUCGUAUAAUAUUCUACAAAAUGCUACGGCUAUCUGGUUCCCAAUGGCCAUUAGCCAAGGAGCGGAAGCUUGGAUUUCAGUUAAGAGACUACAAGAAUUUUUGCUAUUAGAAGAAAAAGAGCAAUCUAAAAUAGAAAAGCUGAAAAAGAAAGCUGUUAUACUUAGUAGUGUAAAUGCGUCUUGGGAAGAGUCUACAACGACUUUAAAGGACAUAUCUUUAACAAUACUCCCAGGAACUCUGUGUGCUAUUGUUGGACCUGUAGGUGCAGGAAAAUCAUCGUUGUUGCAGCUUCUGCUGGGAGAACUGCCCUCUAAAUCUGGAAAAACUCAAAUAGGUGGUGAAAUUUCAUACUGUUCCCAAGAACCAUGGCUGUUUCAAUCAACAGUGCGUAACAAUAUCCUAUUUGGAAGAAAAUACGAGAAGUAUUUCUAUGAAAAAGUGGUAAAAGUGUGUGCUUUGGAAAGGGAUUUUGAACAGUUUCCGCUAGGUGAUAAAACAAUUGUAGGGGAACGAGGAGUUUCUCUAAGUGGAGGGCAAAGAGCAAGGAUCAAUCUUGCUAGAGCUGUUUAUAGACAAGCAGAUAUUUAUUUGUUCGAUGAUCCGUUAUCUGCUGUAGAUACCCACGUUGGAAAGCAACUGUUUGAAGACUGCAUCAAUAGACACUUGAAAGGAAGAAUAAGAAUUUUAGUAACACAUCAGUUACAAUAUCUGAAGCAAGCUAAUUUGAUUAUUGUCAUAAAUAAAGGGACAAUUGAAGCCCAAGGUACCUUUGAACAACUUUCAAAUUCUAAAUUGGAUUUCACUAAAUUAUUAGUAGCUGCAGAUGAAACGCAUGAAAAACAAGAACAAGAGCCGGGAUUAUCCGAGUUUAUGUUGACUAUUUCAAGUAGACGAACUUCCUCUAUUUCUUUGGACAGCAAGGCUGAUACAAUUGAAUAUAUACAAGAACCUUUGGAUAUUGAAGAAGAAGACUCAGGAAAAGAUGGAAAUCAUCAAGCUUUUAAGAAAUAUCUUUUAGCUACUAAUAAUAUUUGCCUUCUAUGUUUAUUGAUUAUGUUAAUGAUUUUAGCUCAAAGUAUAUGCACUGGCGCUGAUUUGUGGGUAGCUUUUUGGACCAUAGAAGAAGAGAUACGACAUUUUAAAAAUAACUCUACUUUAAUUAAUGCCACAUUGGGUCCUCCAGUAACUGCAACAGUUGAGAUAUUCAGGUUAGAAGAUUCAAUUAACCCUCAAGACACGCACAUCUAUACAUACGAAGUUCAAAAAAAUACAUCCGUAUUUACUCCUCCAUCUGAUGGUAUUUUUGAUGAUAUAACAAUCGAUAAUGAGCAUUAUAAAAUCAUUAAAACAUAUUAUGCUAUGUACUUUUACGGAGGUUUGAUAGUAGGGGCCAUUUUGUUGACCACAGGAAGAUCGUUUUUAUAUUUCAAAAUGUGCAUGAUGUCAUCGAAAAAUUUGCACUCCAAAAUGUUUCAUUCGUUGUUAAAAGCUCCAAUGAGAUUUUUUGAUACCAAUCCGAGUGGACGAAUUCUUAAUAGAUUUUCGAAAGAUAUUGGAGCUAUAGAUGAAAUUCUUCCAAGGGUAUUACUAACUGUUCUUCAGGUUCUUUUAGUAAUGACUGGAAUUUUGAUAAACGUUGCAAUAACCAAUCACUAUAUAGUCAUCGCUAUAGUUAUUUUAGGAGCAAUAUGUAUCAAACUUAAAGGAUGGUAUAUGUUGACUGCUAAAGCUCUCAAACAUCUAGAAGGAAUUACAAAAUCACCAGUUUUUUCACAUGUCAACUCCACCUUAAACGGCAUAGUGACCAUCAGAGCAUCAAAUGCACAAAAUAUUUUAUCUGUAGAAUUCGAUAAUCAUCAGGACAUUCACACCUCAGCAUGGUACUUGAUCCUCUCAUGUAUGUUCUCCUUUGGAUUAUGGCUCGACUUAGUAUGCUUGGUAUUUGCAGCUACUGUUAUAUUUAGCUUUGUUCUCUUGUUUAACUUAUUUAAUGUGAGUGGCAGUCUAGUUGGUCUAGCCAUUUCACAGUCAAUGGUUUUAACUGGAAUGUUGCAAUCUGGAAUGCGUGAACUGGCGGAAGUUAUCAACCAACUUACCAGUAUAGAAAGGGUAUUGCAGUACACCACAAUUGAUCAAGAAGGACCCUUUGAGACACCCAAAGAAAAUCUUCCAAAGAGUCCAUGGCCAAGUAAAGGUCGAAUAGAAUUUAAAAAUUUAGUUUUGAAGUAUAUUGAAGAUGAUCCACCAGUUUUAAAUAAUCUUAACUUCUUGGUAAAAUCAGGACAAAAGAUCGGUAUUGUCGGCCGUACAGGGGCUGGAAAGUCUUCACUAAUAAACGCAUUAUUCCGUUUGGCACCACUAGAAGGUUACAUAUUUAUAGACGAUGUAGAUACUCAAACACUUGGUUUAAACGAAUUGAGAAGAAGUAUUUCAAUUAUACCACAAGAACCAGUUCUCUUUUCAGCAACUGUAAGAUACAACUUAGAUCCUUUUGAUGAAUUUGAAGAUGACCAGAUAUGGAAAGCUUUGGAACAGGUCGAAUUGAAAGAUUCAAUUGAUUCUUUAGACUUCAUAGUAGCUGGAGGGGGAGCUAAUUUCAGUUUAGGAGAGAGACAGCUAGUCUGUUUAGCUAGAGCAGCUUUAAGAAACAACAAAAUUCUUAUAAUGGAUGAAGCAACAGCUAACGUUGAUCUUAGAACUGAUUCAUUUAUUCAAACUACAAUUCGCAAGAGGUUUAAAGAAUGCACAGUUCUAACUAUUGCGCACAGGCUUAACACCAUCAUGGACUCGGAUAAAGUUUUAGUUAUGAAUUUUGGACAAAUGGUCGAAUUCGACCAUCCACACAAACUUUUACAGAUUCCAGGAGGUCAUUUGAAUAAACUGGUAAUGGAGACCGGACCUACAAUGUCCCUUCAACUCAAAGAUAUAGCCAUGGCAGCCUUUAAAAACUACGAGGAUGCGCACUAACUUUGUUAUAGUACUAUUUGGUAAUUAGAAGAUGCCGCAGUGAAGCUAGGAAAUAUCAUAUUAAUGAUAAAUACAGUUCUACAAAGUGUUAUUAAACAUCAGAUUGAUUUCAAAUGAAAUUGAUAAGAUAUUGUUUGCAAUUUAAGGAACCAAAUUUGUAUGUUGUCAAUAAAUUUAGUUUUCCCUUUUA